AUGUCUCUGGAGCCGUCAAAUUCCAACAUGGGCAGGACCCGCCGACGGUCUAAUAUGGGCGAUCCAAGCUCGUUUCGAGAUAGUAAAAACCCCAACUCUACAAUAGCAGAAAUGAUACUGCCCUCCAUCCCAUCACCCUCAGCAGUGAUCCCAUCUCAGGGAUACACUCCCAACAUCUCUGAAUUCAACACGCCCAUAUCCACACGACCACCGUCCCCAGUUGGGCAACAGGGGAUGGUGGAGUUGCUAAACGACCAUACUUCUAUCGCAACGUCGUAUGUCGCCAUAGGCAAACUCAGAUCAUGGCGUGGAGCAUUCGUGUUGCUGGUAACGUGCGGGUCGCAACUCAUGGACAAUAUUUUUAUGACUGCCGUGAACAUUGCGCUACCUACCAUUCAGAAAGAGUUUAAUGUGCCAGCGGGCGAUCUCCAAUGGUUGAUCUCCGCUUAUACCUUGACCUUUGGAGGCUUUCUCUUGCUUUCGGGAGUUCUUUCAGAUCGAUAUGGACGUAAAACUAUUUUCUGUCUCGGAAUGUCAUGGAUGUCAAUCUGGACUUUAGCAAACGGCUUUGGGUCCUCCUUUAUCCAAUUGGCUGUUUUCCGUGCGUUGCAAGGUAUUGGUGCCGCAAUGACAGUACCCUCAUCCGUUGGGAUGAUUUCCUCGUACUUUGUUGCGAAAGACCGGACUCUGGCGCUUUCCUUCUUCGCUGCGUCUGGUGCUGUAGGAUUUUGCUCAGGUCUCAUUGUUGGUGGCUUUUUGACAUCUUCGCUUGGCUGGCGUUAUAUUUUCCGGAUCUCGGUCGUAAUUACUGGUAGCUUGGCUAUAACUGGCGCCGUUAUAUUACCAAAGGAUAGAUUGGAAGGCCAUGAGCGGCCGCGGCUGGACUUUGUUGGCUCUGCCCUAUCUAGUGCGGGGCUAAUUCUUCUGAGUUUCAUUCUGAGCUCUGGUGGUUUGUAUGGCUGGAACAAACCAUUCAUCAUCGUGCUAUUGAUACUUAGUGUGGGACUUCUCUUUGCCUUUACCUGGGUAGAAAAGAAAGUUCGAAAUCCGAUCAUGCCACUCUCUUUGUGGAAAAUACGAAACUUUGCUGGGUUGUGGAUAACAGGUUUUGUUACAUAUGGGAGUUAUCAAAUUGUCAUUUACUACAUGGUGCUAGUGGCGCAGGAGAUUAACCAGUUCUCUGCUGGCCAAACAGCAUUGCGAUUCUUACCAAUGGGUGCGACCGGCUUUGCGUUUUCCCUAGGAAUGGGUCAGUUAAUUGAAAGGUAUAAUACCAAAUACAUCCUUCUGAUUGGGUUGCUUAUCUGCAUGGUUGCUCCUAUCCCAACCUGUAUGAUGAAGGAGGGCGACAUAAACUUUUGGAAACAUGUACUCCCGACAAGUAUAAUGAUCGUGGCCGGUGUCACGAUUGUUUAUUGCUGUUGUACGUUGAUUCUUUUGGCAUCUGUUCCAAACAAUGUCAAAUCUCUCUGCGGGGGAAUGAUCAAUACGGCGUUUCAAAUCGGAUCAGGGGUUGGCUUGGCACUUACAAGUGCUAUCGUCACAGCCGUCGAAAUAAAACCAGGGCACUCUAUAAUGUCACAAUACCGCACAGGUCUCUGGUGCUGCGUAGGAUUUGCC